CACACACACACACACUCACACAUACAGGUCAUUCACACAUUCACGCUUUCUCUCUCUCUGUUCCAGGGCCCGCUGGGUGGAGCGGAGGAGAGCCCUGUCUCCGGCCCAGCAGCAGCACACCAGCCUGGGACGCGGCACAGCUUCGUCCAGGACCACUUUCAGGCACAGUACAGGUCCUCCCUGACAUGUCCACAUUGCCUUAAACAGAGCAACACAUUUGACCCCUUCCUCUGCAUCUCACUGCCCAUUCCCCUACGGCAAACCAGGUGUAUGAAUGUGACCCUGGUGUUCAGUACUAAGGGUCAGAGGUAUCUACGUGUUGGUCUGGCUGUGCCUCUCAUCGGCUCCAUCUCCUGCCUGCGUGCCAUGGUUGCUGAGGAGGGCAAGACCACGCCAGACCAGGUGGUCCUGACAGAGCUCUACGCCACCGGCUUCCAGCGUUCGUUCUCUGACGACGACGAUCUGACCAGCGUUGCGGAGAGCGAUGUGGUCUAUGCCUUCCAGGCUCCGCCCCUCCACACACGGGGAGGCUCCACGCGAAUCUUGGGCUACAACCACAGCCUCCCAUCCUCGCCGUACACCUCAGGGCCAGAGGGUCAAAGGUUACCCCCAUCGACCACUCUGUCCUCAGAGUUUCUGAACCACGGUGGUUCGACCAAGGUCCUCCUCAUAAUCUGCAACACGGCAGGCUCUGGCCAGCAGGCUGUCAGGUUCGGCCCUCCCUUCCUCAUGAGAGAGGAGCGUACCCUGUCCUGGGACCAGCUCCAGCAGAGUAUCCUCAGCAAGCUCUAUUACCUGAUGCUGAACGGAUCACAGGCACAGAAUGCAGGGUUGCUGUUCAAGGUCAGAGUGGUGGGAGGAUCUGCCUCCUACAGCUACCUGUCCCCACAAGAUGGACGCCCUCUCUUCCACCCUGCCGUGGACAGAGCCCUGAAGUUAUGUGGCCCGGGAGGACCACCCCACGUGAAGCUAGAGAUUGAGUGGGAACACAAGAUCAAAGAAUGUCUGUUUGGUAACAUCCAGGAAGAGGUGGUGAAGGACUCAGAGAGUGUGAGAGUCCAGCAGCAGCAGCACCUGCAGCAGCACAGCUGUACCCUGGACGAAUGCUUUCAGCUCUACACCAAAGAGGAACAGCUGGCCCCUGACGACGCAUGGAAGUGUCCCCACUGUAAGCAGCUCCAGCAGGGCAUGGUGAAGAUGUCCCUGUGGACCCUCCCCGACAUCCUCAUCCUCCACCUCAAACGCUUCCGACAGGUGGGCGAGCGGCGCAACAAGCUGUCCACCCAGGUGCGCUUCCCCCUGGCCGGGUUGGACAUGGCCCCCCACGUGGUGAAGAGGUCCCAGAGCAUGAGGAACCUGGGGAACCUGGGACCCUGGCCCCCCACAUGGAAACAGCCUGAAGGCAGCAGUCAUCAUAUUAGUCACCCAGACAUGGCCCUGCCUCCUGACUUCCUCUAUGACCUCUAUGCAGUGUGUAACCACCAUGGUGGGAUGCACGGCGGACAUUACACAGCGUACUGCAGGAACUCAGUGGACGGUCAGUGGUACAGCUAUGACGACAGCAGUGUGGACCUGGUGCCUGAGGAGGAGGUUUGUACCAGGGGGGCCUACAUACUGUUCUACCAGAGACGUAACGUCAUUCCCCCCUGGUCCGCCAGCAGCUCAAUCAGAGGCUCCACCAGUUCCUCCAUGUCGGACCACUGGCUGGUCCGUCUGAAUGGGGACAGUAAGAGGGGUAGUCUGGUGUCCCGCUCCUCCACCACCUGCCCCUCCUCUGUCCCCGACUCCCCGGAGUCCCCAGUCUUCCUUGAUGACCCGCCCAGAGAGGAGGAAGGUGAGGGGCCUGGGAAACAUGAGAUGCAUGGUAAACCAAAGAAAGGUGGUUUUGAGACCAGGCCGUUCGUACGGGGCAUCCAGGGUCGUAGCGUCAGCAUGAGGACCCCCACUAAGAACAAAGAGACACUGAACAAGGUCCUACCGCUACGCUGGUCGUUCGGCUCCAAGGACCGCCGAAAAAUUGCAGCCGAGGCCGCCCCUGCUCCCAUCCCCACCCCUGCCCCUGUGGAACUGGUGGAGUACCUAGAGUCUGGAAGAAGACCUCGCUGCACCAAGGACUCUAUAGUCAAUUUAAUGAUGGGCUCUGAGAGCCAUAAGGGUCCUGCCAUCAGCUCCCCCAGUGUGGGAAGCAGCCUGAACUGCAUGGGACAACCAGAGUCUCUGCAGAUGCCAGAGGGCCAGAGAAGACCAGUCACAGACAAGACAGGGAGUCUGAGACGAAGUAGCAAAGGGUCCCAGCAGCAGCAGAGAGACCAGGGGGAUCAGAGAGACCAGAGGGACGAGAGUAGGAUGGGCAGUAGUAGUAGUACUAACACUCUGACCAGGAGGAGUACCAAGAAGAGUAAGGAGAAGGACCAGGGAAAGCCCCAAGAGGCCCCGUCUAGGAGGGGGUCUAGUGCAGGCGUCCAGUCCAGCUCCAGCACCCACAGCCUCAGGGACAGAGACUGGGAAGGCACCCUGAGGAGAGGGGCCAAGGGCCACCAGGACCCACCACCAAGGGACUGUCUGGCACCACCCGAGGGAGAAAAGAGAAGGAAGGGUGAGAAGGUAGAGGAGGCCUCCAAGAGCCACGAGGGGCUGCUGUCUUUCUUCAAGAGCAACUUCAAGAAGAAGGACAAGGAGUCGUCAUCUUCUCGCAAGUCCGACUCUGGAAAAGUUGGCGACGUCGGCGGGUCCAGCACCUCCCGGCUGUCCCUGUCCAGUGGAGCCCCAGGCGGGGCCACGAAGACGGGGGAGGCGAAAUCCAACGGAGCCCCCCGCAACGGGGGUGCCAAUCGUCUCGGAGACGAGCUACCCAACGAUAAAGCCAGACGUGCCGCUGCUGCCGAUAUCAAACGCUCUCAGAGCUCAUCCAACAUCCCCAGCAAGGAGGAGUCUAGCAUGCGAAGGACCGCCUCUUUACACCGCAAAGGGCUGUCCCAUGGUGUGGCUCCGCCCCCUCGCAGCCUCACAGAUGAGAAGCCCUCCUACGGUACCCUGCAGAGGACUCGCUAUAGUACCAACUCACUGGGACGCAAGAGGACUGUCCCCGAGUCCAGCUUUUAGCUGACACACACACACCCUGACACACACACACCAGGGUCGUUUUCACUAGGCACCAAACAGAAGAAAUGGACUGAAACAGGGAGAGAUUAGCUUAAUUUGUUGAGUAAGAAAUGCUAUGUUUUUGUUUUCCAUUGCAAAACGUUUUUUCUACAUUUUGCUACAGUGACUUUGUGCACUAAUCAAUCUGACCCUGAUCAAAGCAACGGAGCUCUGCUGGAAGGAUACUCCUGUAGGUAUACACAGAAGCACAGGUAUGUGAAUACCACACAAGGUGGCUCCCUCCGGUGUUGUGGAGGGGUGUAGCGUCAGUGAAAGAGCCCGUCACAGGGCCAAGGAGAACAUUAAGGAAAGGUGACGCAUGAAGUACGACUGCUAACAUAAACAAAAUGUCAUAUCAGAAUGAAUAUUUUCUUAUUCCAGUUUUGUUUUUAUUUUAUUUAUUUGUAAAAAAUUAUUGUGACUUAACAAGUGCCUCAGUAACUGAUAUGCAGUUUUAAACCAAUGAGUUUGUGGACACCUGGUCAGCACCGGAAGCACAUGUAUUCACACUCGCAUACAUGCACACACACACACAGGCAUGCACACGCGCACACACACAUUAUCUACACUCGUGUCUUAAAAUCGUAGUAAAUGAAUGGCAUUCAUCACUAUCUUCCUCGAUCGGUUUGUCCAAUGGUGGCACCUAAAGGAAUGUUAUGACAGUGUCAUGACAAUACGUUUUGUUGUUAUGUCUACACGCUCUAGAAGAUUUGGACAAAAACAUUGAUUCAUUGGAAGUAUACAUCAGAGCUUUAAUAGGUGAUUUCCUCCUAGAUUGAAGUAUGAAUGAUUUAAUACGUGCUGCUUGCACUGCAAACUAGCUGCUAUAUAGAUUCACACAUUGCAAGUGCAGGUUAUGAUAUUGCACUUUCUACAUUGCCAAUGGUACCGAACUCUCCCUUUCAUGCAGUAAGAAAGAUACCCUCCUAACAAUAUAACUUGGCCUACGCAACACGUCCCCCUUUAUUCUUAAGCUCGUGAAAAUAUGCAGUUCGACCACACGAUCCAUUAUUAUAAAUACAAGAACAUUUAGAUGGAAAUUUGACAUUUUUAGCACUGAAGUCUGGCUUUAUGAUUCUAAUGAAAUUACUGUGUUUUAAAUGAGUGCAAAAUGACCUCAGAUUGAUCUAUUCUUGCUACUGGUAGGUAAUUGAACUUACUGAUGCUGAUACACUGACAAUCUGGUAUGUAGGUCUAUGCGGUACUGUAUUAGAGAGGCAAGCGGUGUUGAUUGAUUGCAUUACUAUGCAGUUCUCUAUGAAGGAUUAUGCACUGUAACAGUAAGGUCACUGUAACAGUAAGGUCACUGUAACAGUAAGGUCACUGUAACAGUAAGGUCACUGUAACAGUAAGGUCAUUUAUUUGAAUCAUCAGACUGUCCACUACAGUAGGCAGUAGAUGCACUGGUCCAAUCACCCCUGAAUGUCACAUACGUGUUAUUAAUCAACCUUGAUGAGCUCUUUGGCCCCCCUUAUCCAGUCUUACUUCUCAUCCUCUCUCCCUUCACUCCUCCACAUUCAUCCGUCUUAUCUCUUUUUUUUCAUUCUCUGUCAUCCAUCGUGUCUCUCAUCAAGUCUCUUUGGCCACUGACUAAAGGUCCCCUCUGCUCCAAUCUGCAGAGCUCUCGCCUGGCGUUAACGACGGCGUAGGCGUUCAAUUGAAACACCCUCGCUCUCACUGGGUUGAAAUUAACGGUGUAAUUGGGUCGAGUCUCUAUGGUACAAUAUCCCUUCUUUAGAGUCGUUAAGGUACACCGUGGGAAGAGGCUGUAGAUACUGGCAGUCACGUAAUGUCUGAGUCUCUGAGAACCUUUUACAUUUUUUAAGCUGUUAGUCAUCCAUUUUCCUUCCUGAAAGCUACAGUAUAUGUACAGCUACAGUAUAUGUACAGCUACAGUAUAUGUAGCUUUCAGUUUAUACUUUUAAUGGGCCUAGCAAUGCCACACUUUAUCGUAGGGGUGAGAAAAACACUUCAACACCCCACACCAGUUAGUCCUUGACACUAAUUAGCUCGUCACACUUAGCGUCUGUCUGUGCCACUCAGGCACAGUUCUAAGCAAUAAAGAUUGAAUUAAUGUCUGGUUACAUCGUGUCCAUGUUUUGCACAUAGAAUAUACUGCUGAAGUGUAAGUUGAAGGAAGCAUUGUGGGCAGCAAUUCAACAGCUUGUCAUUGGUACACCAAGCAUGGUUAAUAAUAAGGUACCAAAUCCUAAUGGGCAGUUUUCAGCUAAUGUCUUUAACAAAUUAUGCCUUUUGUUAGUGUAGCCAGUUUUCACUCACAAUAAUUAGUGGACCAAGCCAAAGCAUUGGUAUUAUCCUGGAGCAAUUUUUUACAGUAUAAAACUCACCAGUCACUAUUGACUCUAUUGGGAAGAUGGAGGAUCACAUCAGUUUCAUGUAAAAUAAAUAGUUCACGAAUAAAUAAGACUAUUACAAUCCUUAAUUGUGAAGUUUGUCAUUUGUCUUUGCAGCUUGAAUUCCUGGGGGACAGAGGGGUGUUGAGUUGCUACAGUACUUCCCAGUCAACUGUCUUAAAACUUCACUGUUGCCCGUAGGUCUUUUCUGUGACAGAGCUAUGCUUGGUGAUAGACAGCAUGUCUUAUCUGUAGACAACAUGGUCUCAUUAAAAUAUGUCAAAAUAGUGCCAUAUUAACCAUUGUAGUUCUACUGUAUGUCACAGAAAAGAACAUAUUAUCUCUGCUGUGGGAAUAAGAGCGUUUGGAUGGGACACAAAGUCUGUAUUGUUCAUUGACAUUUUGUUUAUUUCUUUUGUUCUAGAUGAGGACACUAUGUACCUACCACAGUUUACUUGUACCAAAACGAGCACUUGUAUUUAAAAUGAAGAAUAUAAAUUAUCCAAUUCUUUUGUGAAAUGUGGCAUAAAGAUGAUUUAUAUGCAACUUUUCUACAUUUUAUAAGGGUUUUGUAAAUAUAUGAAUACACAUAGCUCUAUAUAAUGUAUGUAUAAAGGGAGACAUGAUGUAGUAUAGCCUUGUAUAAAUUGCGGGGCUAUGAGGUUAAGGCUGAUGCACAAGUAUAGGCCACAACUGUGGUGUGUACUGUUCUUCUAUGCACAAGAGUACGACAAGGUAUAUGCUAUAACUGUAAAACCAUUACUGUAAAACCACCACAGGGGGUUGUAUCUGCCUAAUA